AUUACUCAGGACUUGUGCUGUGGCUGCCGGGCCCCAGUUACGGGGACCUUAUGCAGGCGAGAUCUCAGUCUCACCCCGAUCGCAGGCUGGGCCCGCGAGUGGUGCUUGUACGGCAUGAAGUGCCUGGUCACUGGAGGCAACGUGAAGGUGCUCGGCAAGGCCGUCCACUCCCUGUCCCGGAUGGGGGACGAGCUCUACCUGGAACCCUUGGAUGAUGGGCUCUCCCUCCGGACUGUGAACUCCUCGCGCUCUGCCUAUGCCUGCUUCCUCUUUGCCCCCCUCUUCUUCCAGCAGUACCAGGUGGCCACCUCUGAUCUGGACACACUGCGCUGUAAGAUACAGAUGAAGUCCUUCCUGUCUGUGUUCCGUUCUCUGGCAACACUGGAGAAGACUGUGGAAAAGUGCUGCAUCUCCCUGAGUAGCCGGAGCAGCAGCUUGGUGAUCCAGCUGCACUGCAAGUAUGGGGUGAAGAAGACUCACAACCUGUCCUUCCAGGACUGUGAAUCUCUGCAGGCUGUCUUCAACCCAGCCUCAUGCCCCCAUGUGCUCCGUGCCCCAGCAAGAGUACUGGGGGAUGCCAUUCUGCCUUUCUCGCCUGCACUGGCUGAAGUGACAUUGGGCAUCGGCCGUGGCCGCCGGGUCAUCCUGCGUAGCUACCAGGAAGAAGAGGCAGACAGCACUGUCAAAGCCAUGGUAACUGAGAUGAGCAUCGGGGAAGAGGAUUUCCAGCAACUGCAGGCUCCAGAAGGGGUAGCUAUCACAUUCUGCCUCAAGGAAUUCAGGGGGCUCCUGAGCUUUGCAGAGUCAGCGAACUUGCCUCUUAGCAUUCACUUUGAUGCCCCAGGAAGGCCAGCCAUCUUCACCAUUGAGGACUCACUGCUGGAUGGCCACUUUGUUUUGGCCACACUUGCAGACCUGGACCCACACUUGCAGUACCUGGGCUCCCCAGAGCUCCCCAGGACAGCACCUCAGCUGCAGGCUCACAGCACAUCCCAGCUGGAUGACUUUGCCAGUGAUGACAUUGACUCUUACAUGAUUGCCAUGGAAACUGCCGCAGGCAGCUCAGGCUCUCGGGCACAGCCCCCCAUUUCUCUUUCACCUGGCUUCCAGCCCUCCCACGACCCCAGCCUGCACUCUGAUGAAGAAGCUGAGCCCAGCACAGUGCCUGGCACUCCCCCACCCAAGAAGUUCCGCUCGCUGUUCUUUGGCUCCAUCCUAGCUCCUGUACACUCCCCCCAGGGCCCUAGCCCUGUGCUGGCUGAAGACAGUGAUGGUGAAGGCUGAGCUGAGAAGCUAAAGGCCUUAGACUAGAAGUCCCAGCAGGGGAAGGACAGGGGCUCUGACCAGGGCAUGGCAUAAGGGCAGUGCUGGCAGUUCUGCUUGCCUCCUGCAGGUCCCACUCCACCAUGUUUGGCUUGAGUCCUGUCAUCUCCCUCCACACUGCAACCAAUCAUGCCUCUUCCCAGGUCUGGUGGCUAGAAGCUAUCUCACUGGCAGGUCCUCACCUCUUCACCACAGAGUCUCAAGCUAAGUUCUAGCCACCUGGCCAGGGCUGAAAGCCUGCCUUCUUGAGGCUUAUCUCU